AUGUCUAAAAACAAAGACCCAAACUCACUUAUAAACAUCCAGCAUGACUACAUCUACAAUAAAAUCAAGAGUAUUCAACAACCGAAACAAAUUUACAACUUGGUUAUUGAUAAAAAGGUGGAAACCAUACUAUAUAAAUCAUUUACAAAAGAACAAUUGUUACGAAUAGUGGCAUCGGUAGAACUAAUUGAUUCUGAACGAAGGAAAAAUACUUAUAUGACAGCAAUCUACAUGGUUGAACAAUCGAUUUAUAAUAUGAGGUGUAUAAUGGCAGAUGUGACUACUAAGCGAUACAAAAAGGGAAUGACAUUAUUUGCAUAUCAAGACGAAAAUGUUGAUCCUAAGGCAACAAAGUUUUUCAACAACAAGUUUCUUUCUAAUCCUGGUGUUGCAGAUUAUUUGGAUUACAUUGGUCGUAUCAACUUCGAAUAUAAUGCUGUGGAAACAAGAGUGUUUUUAACUGAUGAUAAAACUCCCAAUUCCAUGCCUAUUUAUUAUAACAAAAAUGUGUUAAAUUUCGUCAUGCCUCAGAUUAAACUAGUUGCUAAAUGCUUGCUUAAUGUAAUGAUUUCAAUGGAGGAGUAUCCUUUUAUUCGAUUUUACCGUCCUAUGGACGCCAAUUAUGAUGCUAAGCGUUUGCCUGAGUUGAUUGCUGAUGAAUUUCAACAACAAAUGGAUGAGUAUUGUCGUAGUAAUCAAAAUUACCCAACUCCCGAAGUAUCGGCUAAAACUAGGUCUAUAUUGUUGAUUACAGAUCGUACCAUUGAUUUAUUUGCUCCUUUGUUGCAUGAAUUCACCUAUCAAGCAAUGGCAAUGGAUAUAGUACAAGGUUUGGAAAGGGAAGGGGUUUUCAAAUACCAGAGUGAAAAUGAAAAGGGAGAAAUUAAAGAUGUUGAAGCAACUUUAGAUGAUGAAAAUGAUGAAGAUUGGAUUAAUUUACGACAUUUGCACAUUAUUGAAAGCUCGGAGUUGAUUGUCAAUAAGAUAACUGAGUUGGUGAAAAAUAACCCUUUGAUGAUUGAUCGAUCAAAAGCAAGUACAUCCUCCGAUUUGAUGUAUAUUGUAGCUCAUUUGAAAGGAUUUGAUGAAGAGAGAAAACAAUUGACUUUACACAAGACUCUUAUUGAUAAAUGUCUUGAUAUUAAUGCCCUGAGGAAAUUGGCGGAGUUUGCUGCUGAUUUUGAACAAACGUGUUGUGCUGAUGGAGUAAGCUUUGAAGGUGAGAGAAAUAAACAUUUACACGAUGAUUUGAUUGUUUUAUUGGCUAGAGAUGACUUGCAUAUAAAUGAUAAAAUGAGAUUAAUUUUGAUUUAUGCUUAUUAUCGUGGUGGAUUAAUCAGAGCUGAUUUUGAAAAAUUGAUUAAAUUUAUUGGUGUUGAUGAUCGUCAUAUUACUGGAUUGAUGGAAAGAUGUUUCAACAAUGUUGAUAAAUUGGGUUUCCAAUUGUUCAAAACUGACAUCAAAGAUAAACCAUUUGGAAAGCAGUAUUUUCAUACGAUUAACAAUGAAGGGACUUAUAAUACCAGUAGAUACACACCAGGAAUCAAGACCAUUAUGCAAAAUGUCGCCAAAUAUUCCUUGGACAGAGAAUGGUUUCCCUACUUUCGUGAUAUUCCCUUGGAUGAUGAGGUGGUGGUGACUGAACCAAAGAGCUCUUCUACCAAGAAGGAUUUAAAUUCAAGUGGUACAUUGAGAAACCCUAGGAUCAAGGCAAGCUGGGCGUCACAAACGGGAACAACAUCAUCAAACUUAUCUAGAUAUGGUGGUGGCGGUCAAAAGCAAAAACAACGUAUAUUUUGUUAUGUUGCUGGUGGUAUCACAUACAGUGAAAUUCGUUCAAUUUAUGAAUUGUCAAACUCGCUCAAUAAAGAAAUUUACAUUGGAUCAGAGCUGAUUCUCAGACCUAGAGAUUUUCUUAUUGGUUUACAAAAUUUAAGUCAAAACAAAACUUUGGAUGCAUUGGAUUUGAAUAUAGUGAAGGAGUCGUCAAAGAAUGAGGAAAUACCAAACUUCUUGUAUAAUGAUGGAAGUGCAGGCAUAUCUCGUCCCGUCCCUCGACAACAAGUUUCUGGUCAACAACAACAACAACAACAACAACAACCACUCUCGGGUAGGGGAUCCAAUUACCCGCCACCACAACAACAUUCACAACUGCAAUCUCAAUUUGGCCAAGUUUCCUCAUUUCAACAACAAGUUGAACAACAACAACAAAUGUAUGCAAAAGCUCAUGGCUCAUCUGCUAAUGGGUCUAGUGGUGCAAGUGGUGCAGGACAUUAUAAAAAGAGAAGCACGAAAUCAGGUAGUCCUGAGUCGAGUUCUGCAACUACUGGAUCGGCCGAAGGUUCUAGUUCAUCAACUUCUGGUAAACGAUCAAGAUUGAAGAAGUUGUUCAAGUAG